CGUUGGUUUCCUGCAGCAGUGAGGAGAAGACAGACAGGGAAGACUCAACACCACCACCUCCACAAAACUACACUGUACAAUGAAAGUGUUAGCAAUACCUCCCUCUCUGGAUAUCCGCUCCGUCACGGUUUUACUGCUGGUGAUGGGCCUCUCAACUCCCGGACAAGCAGAAAUCACCAGUCUGGACUCUGGCAACAUUGACGAUGUCCUAAAUAAUGCCGGGGUGGCAUUAGUGAAUUUUUAUGCAGACUGGUGUAGGUUCAGUCAGAUGCUCCAUCCAGUUUUCGAGGAGGCAUCUAACUUAGUGAGAGAGGAGUUCCCUGAUACCAAGCAGGUGGUGUUUGCGCGCGUUGAUUGUGACCAACAUUCGGACAUCGCCCAGCGGUAUCGCAUCACUAAGUACCCAACGCUGAAGUUGUUCCGCAACGGGAUGAUGAUGAAGAGAGAAUACAGGGGUCAGAGGUCCGUGGCGGCCAUCGCUGACUUUAUCCGCCAGCAGCAGGUUGACCCCGUGAAAGAGAUCCAGUCACUGGAGGAAGUUAAAACUGUAGAUAGGAGCAAGAGGAACAUCAUUGGUUACUUUGAUAAAAAGGACUCAGACAGCUACCACACAUAUGAAAAAGUUGCCAACAUCCUUCGGGACGACUGCAUGUUCCUGGCUGCUUUCGGUACUGUGUCUGAGUCUGAACGCUUCAGCGGAGAAAACGUGAUCUACAAACCUGUGGGGGAGAGUGUCCCUGACAUGGUCUACCUCGGUUCACUCAGCAACUUCGACCUGACCUACGCUUGGGCCCAGGACAAGUGCGUACCUCUGGUCAGGGAGAUCACCUUUGAAAAUGGAGAGGAGCUGACUGAAGAAGGGAUCCCAUUCCUCAUCUUGUUCCAUAUUAAAGAGGACACAGAGAGCUUAGAGAAGUUCCAACACGAAGUAGCUCGCCAGCUCAUCAGUGAGAAAGGGUCCAUAAACUUCCUGCACGCAGACUGCGAUAAGUUCCGCCAUCCUCUGCUCCACAUCCAGAAAACUCCAGCUGACUGUCCUGUUAUCGCUAUAGAUUCAUUCAGGCACAUGUAUGUGUUUCCUGACUUUAAAGACCUUAACAUCCCCGGCAAGUUGAAACAGUUUGUGUUGGACCUUCACUCUGGAAAGCUACACCGAGAAUUUCACCAUGGUCCCGACCCCACAGAGAGCACGCCUGGACAGGAGGAGACGGAAGGAGAAGUGGCCAGCAACCCUCCAGAGAGCUCGUUCCAGAAGCUGGCGCCCAGCGAGACCCGCUACACCAUCCUCAGCCGGGGACGUGACGAGCUGUGACCUCAACGGCCUUCCAGUGAUCCUGUGACUCAAUGCCACGCCCCGGAGUCAGGGAGGGGGUUAGGGUUGGGACAGGCCAGCGGGACAGAACAGCAACACCCAACACCCUUACUGAAGAGAGAAAGAGAGAUGAGGAGGAGGAGGAGAAAGAAGAGAAUGAAGACAAAGGAGGAGAAAAAGAAGAACGGGAGGAGGAGAGCAGAUGAGCGCAGUCCAUGACACAACCAUGUUGGAAUAACCUAUAUUUUCAUAACUCUUUCACGUACAAUUUUUAUUUUGGAUUAAAAGGAAGAGGGUUAAAGAAGGAGGUGUGUGUGGGUAGGGGUUAGGGGCAUUAGGACAUCAAGAGAAGUGUUUUUACGUUUAUUUUUUGGAGCUUGUAUAUAUGUUUGUGCUACAUGGGAGUCUCAUUGUUGGUCUAAAUUAAAUGCAGAGUUUUCUUUAUUUUAUUCCUUUCUUUUUCAUCACCCUGAUUUUUGUAGACAAAACAAACCAGAACAGUUCCUUCACUCCAGUUGUAUGGUUCUUAUCUGUGGGUAGUGCAGUUCAGCCUGUCUGCUAGGAGACGCUUUAGUCUCACUGACCUCAUGGCUGCAUCUCAAUAUGACCAACUCUAAUCUAACUCAUUUGUAUAGCACAAGUUGUAACAACAUGCCUGUUUGAAGUAGCUUUAUCUCCACAUCUUCUCCACACAUACACACAGAUCUGAAGGAAUAGAAAAAUAUUUUGACAUACUCGGUAAGGGCAAAAUAAUUUUAAAUCAUGACUUGAAAAAGAAGAUAAAGAGACAGAGCUACUCCAGCCUAUUGAGAUGCACCCCCUUCUCUCCCUGGUACUAAAUGGUUAUUAGGUUAUGAUGUCACAGUGUCUAUAAAAAGAAAUCGAACGUUUUGGACCUUUUUAAUGUUUUACAAUAUUGAAUCACAGUGGAUGUAGUUAGUUGUUUUUUUUGUCACAACUCAACAGAAAAUAGAGUAAUGUCACAGCGUACAUCACCAAAAACACACUACCCCCACUGUGAAGCCUGGUGGUGGCAGCAUCAUGCUGUGUGGAGGCUUCUCUGUUGUAGUUAGCCCUGGACGGCUUAUGAUGGUACAAGGUCAAGUGAAAGAUUGUGUAUUUUAAAGCAAGACAAACAUAAAGUCAAAUGUGCAAAGACCUAAAAAAUAACAAUAAUAAUAAUAAUAAAUGUUCUCUGAGACUUUUAGUGACUAAAAAAUGAGAAAGCAUCGGUAUCCAAAAGUGUGAAGCUCUUACCGACAUGUUGCCUCCAGGCUGCAAGUGUUGCCAAAGGUGCCUCCAUUGAGUAUUUAGUUAAUUUUGGGCCCAAGAACAAUCAGUAGGAAGUAGUUUUCUGUUCAGUGUCUAAAAGGCUGAUCACCUCCACUGUUGUAAAACAUGAAAAGUCUGAGGGGUGGAUACUCUUUAUAUAGACACAAUAUUUGCCGUAACACUUUUGAGUUGUGUCCCUGGGAUUCAAAUCGAGGGGGUAAAAAAAAAUUGUUUUAGAAAUGGUGUACUUUAACAUGAAUUAAUGAAAUGGCUGUUGUUUUUAUGCUGUUGCCUGUUGUCAAAUGUGUCACAAAUGCUGGGGGAGAAAGACUGCGUCCUUCCCAGUGUUGUUAAAAGCCGAGAGACAAGAGGGGAACCCCCAAUGUGAUAAAUGGUGGAAAUUUACAGUCUGCCACUUUCUACGAGUUCUCUUAAAAAAUGGUUUUGUCUCUUUAUAUGUCUUUGAGGUUUUGGUACAAGUCUAGAUUCCUGAGAUCCACUGAGUUUGAAUGAAUCCAAAAAUGGGAUUUAGAUCAGGGUUUGGGGACAUAUUGCUAAGUUUGUACUGUCCCGCCCUUCCAUAGAGGCUAACAGAUGCCUGCAGAGUGACAUAUCAGCUACACAUACAGGAGAGCAGCAGGAGGGAGGGGGGGGUGUGUGAUGCCAUUUAUAAACCAGUCAUCUCAGAGGGGAAGAAGAGUAAAAAAAUGAAAAAAGUAAAUUAAAAACCAUUUUACAGGA